UUCCCCAGCACCCCGGGGCUCCAGGGCCGCCUCCGACGCGCGGGAAGCGAGCAGCUCAAGUUCACGCGCCAAAGCGAGGGCUUAAGGGACCAGAAUGGCCACCACAUCCCCUCCUGGUUGCCGCUCCAGCCUGGCCGCCAGGUACCACAGACUCUGUGAUACAACUGAAAUCUGGGGCAUUGUCCUAGAAGCAGUGGCCGCGGUUGGGGCCGUGACCUCAGUGGCCUUCAUGUUCGCUCUCCUGAUUCUCGUCUGCAAGGUGCAAGACUCCAACAGGCGAAAAGUGCUCCCGACCCAGUUCCUCUUCCUCCUGGGCGUUCUGGGGAUCUUCGGCCUCACCUUCGCCUUCAUUAUCCAGCUCGACGGCAGCACCGGGCCCACCCGUUUCUUCCUCUUCGGGGUCCUCUUCUCCCUCUGCUUCUCCUGCCUCCUGGCUCACGCUUUCAACCUGACGAAGCUGGUGCACGGGAGGAGGCCCCUGUCCUUGCUGGUGAUGCUGGCCCUGGCCGUGGGCCUCAGCCUCGUGCAGGACAUCAUUGCCGCGGAGUACCUCAUCCUCACCAUGAACAGGACCAACAUUGCCAUUUUCUCUGAGCUUUCAGCCUCUCGGCGCAAUGAAGACUUUGUCAUGUUGCUCAUCUACGUCCUCUUCCUGAUGGCGCUGACAUGCCUCAUGUCCUGCUUCAUCUUCUGUGGGGCCUUCAGCGGCUGGAAGAGACAUGGGGUCCACAUCUUCCUCACCAUGCUUCUCUCCAUCGCCAUCUGGGUGGCGUGGAUCACCCUGCUCCUGAUUUCCACCUUUGGCCCCACGUGGGAUGAUACCAUCCUCAGCUCGGCCUUGGUGGCCAAUGGCUGGGUGUUCCUGUUGGCUUACAUUGCCCCCGAGUUUCGGCUGCUUACAAAGCAACGGAACCCCAUGGAUUACCCAGUUGAGGAUACGUUUUGUAAACCUCAACUCAUGAAGCAGAGCUAUGGUGUGGAGAACAGAGCCUACUCUCAAGAGGAAAUCACCCAAGGUCUUGAAGAGCUAGGGGAUACACUCUACGCUCCUUAUUCGACCCAUUUUCAGCUGCAGAAUCGGACCUCCCAAAAGGAUUUCUCCAUCCCACGGGCCCAGACUCGGAUUAGCCCUUACAAUGACUAUGAAGGAAGGAAAGAUGGCAGUUAGCCGUUCUGAAGAGUGGGACAGACAGCAAGUCAGCCAACCAAUGGGGAGUUCCAAGGGCUAUGGGCUUAAUCCCGAGCCACCUGAGGAAACGGUACAAAACCUUUUGGGAAGAACUUGCCUUGCUUUGGCUUCUGGAGUUGCUGGGCAGCUAACAAGACUCCAAGGCCUAGCACACUAGUAUUUUCCUUUGUCCCAGGCACUUCUUUUAAGUGGGAGGGAGCCUCCAGCAACUCAGGGUGUGCCCCUUACUGAGCCCAGUCAUUUCACCAGUGACUAAAGCCGUGGUCAUCUGACGCUUCCUGGCUCAGUGAGCUUCAGGAUCCUGCUCUGGUCGCUCAAGGCUGGUUUUGGGAGGACCGCUCAGCCCAGAGCAGAACUGCAAAUCUGAGUGAGAAGAGCCAAGGCCUGUCCCUGCUGAAAUCUACACUGGAAGCCAUCUCACUGGCACGCUCCCAUCUUGCCUGGGUACAAGAGGCCACGGGUCACCCCAAAUGUACCCAUCUCUGUGGUGCUACCAUGGGGUCCUGUGGGUCCCCAGCACCAAUUCACUGGUCUCCAUUUCCAAAUUUGGUGUCCAUCCCUGGACAUUUGUCCCCUAUCUGCUUUCCCAGAACUUUCUCUUCUGUAUCUCGUGGGCAGGGGACAAGUCCCAAUUUCUCCCUGGUGGGAGAAUUCAUGCUCUGUUCUUGCUCUACAUUCCUGGCACGGAUUCUUCUGUUGUCCCCUUGCCUCUCAGCUUCUGUAAAUAGCUUCACACUGUGUUCACCACCUGUGUUCUGUAAGUGGGCAUUGUCUACAAAUGGGGAGUGUUCCUUGUAGAAUAAGUUAUUCCCUGCUCCUCAGGUGGAGACGCAAUAAAGAUAUGGUGGCAGGUC